GCUGUUGUUUGUAAACUUUAAUUCGGCGGCGGCAGCGUGUGUGUAAAUGCGCAAUUUGAAACUUAAAAGUCUUGGAUUUUCAAGUUAAAUCGAUCAGCUGUUGUUGGGAAAGAUGCUGUCAGUCGAACGGAGUAAUGAGCCAACGCAGCGACAGGCGCUGUACAAAACAAAAGGCACUUUUCGCAGCCAGGAAGAGAAGCGAAAGCAUUUUCUCGAGGAGCAGAAAAGGAAACGAAAUGUGAAUUUCGACGCUGGCAGGAACUUUGAGGAAAUUCCCGAGCAAAGGCAUGAAGAUGCUCAUCUCUCGGGGAACCUUUCCAAGAAGAAGUUCGGCAAGAUGCUGAUGCAGUCUGAAUGGAUGGAAGAGGUGCCGGGAGAUUUGAUGGAAAAAUGGUACCUCGUCCCUUGUCCCGUCGGCAAACGAUGUAUUGUCAUUUCGGAAACGAAAAUCUGCCGGGGGUUCUCGUUGAGCGGAAAAUUUCUCUUCCAAACCAAAGCCCUGCUGAAGGAAGGCAAAGUGGGCAGAACCGUCCUCGACUGCAUCUAUAACAGAGAGACAAGCACCAUUUUCAUUUUAGACGUGAUUCUAUGGGCUGGCUACUCCAUGGUCAAUUGCGAGACUGAGUUUCGGUUUUACUGGCUGAAGUCGAAAUUCGAAGAAACCCCGGAAUUGCUCGAGAGGCCCAACGCCUACAAAUUCCAUCCUUUGCCCCACGCCCUUGCCACUGACACAGAGACUGCCCUGGAGAGCCUGGAUUUCACGGAAAAACUGGACGGCGUGCUCUUCUACCACAAGGAGGCGCAUUACACAGCCGGCGUGACUCCGUUGGUCGUCUGGCUGCUCCCGUUCAUGAUUGCCGAGGUGCUGGGCAUCUCCGUGAAUGAGGAAAUGGCCCAACAGCCAGAAAGCUAUCCAGGGCAUUUGGAGUACAUCGCCGAGUACAAAAAGAAGCAAAAGGAAAAGCGAAGACGGGGCAGAAAAUCGGUCGAAAUGGACACCUCUGGCAGCGGUCACGACGAGUCCAGCAUUUUUGAAGAGAGCGGAGAGCCGGUGCAGGAAGAGGACGAGCUCGAAUUGGGAUAGUCUUUUUCAGACUUGUGAUACCACAAUUUUCUUUUAAAUUUAGAGAUAAUAUCUGAACUGGUCAAUGUGUAAGAAAAGUAAAUAAUACUACUUCAUCUGUCAAGUAAUCGUGAAUUAUAAAGUGCAACAAAUUUUAAAUGACCUGUGUGAAUAAAAUUAUGAAAAUGAGAAAAUAAUA